AUGGGCGUGAAGGGGCUGUGGUCGAUCGUGGCGCCCGUGGGGGUGCGGGUGAACCCGGAGAUAUUCACGGGGAAGCGAAUCGCCAUCGACGUGAGCAUCUGGCUAUACGAACUGACGUACGCGAACAACCUGAAGGUGCUACGAAAUGGAGCCGUGGACAACAUGAGCAUCUUCAACGACCUCUGGAUGGAUUUCUCUGAACAGAUGAAUACCGACAUGCGGACGGAUAACCUGAAGAAGGUGCACCUCUACUUUUUCUUCCUCCGCAUUUGCAAACUGCUUUACUACAAUAUAAGGCCCAUUUUCAUAUUCGACGGAACCCCCCCAGAAUUGAAGCGGAAAACCAUUUUCCAGAGAAACGUCAAGAGGAGGAACCACGAGGAGAAAUUUAAGAAGACGGCCGAAAAGCUCAUUUAUAAUUAUUACCAGAGGUCGCUCUUAGCGUCCAUGAAAAGUAGGAGGAGCAGCUCGAAAAGGAAAAGCCCAAAUGAAGGGGGCCCCUCUCAGGGAGGGCCAUCCGCAUCCGUCGGGGUGAGCACCAAAGGGGAAGGCAGCCCGUCUGGCGAUGCUACUACUACUCCUCCUCCUGCCGCUGCUCCUGCGCAACCUCCGUGUGAGCUCAUCGAAAUAUAUGACAGCAUUAGAGAAAACGAUGCCUCGCUGGGGAGCAUGGUGGAGCACAUAGGCAACGUCCCCGUUAGCGUGAAGGACGUUUUGAACAUAUGCAAUGAUGAGGAUUUGAAGAAGAUACAGAACAAGGUGCUUAUGAUCACCGAUUUGGAGGUGCAAGCUGGGGGGAAGACCGCAGAGACGAAAGGGAAGGAGCUGCCAAGUGAACGGAAGCAGAGUGGAGAAAGGGGCAGCGGGGGGGACAAUGCGGUAGAUGGGGAAAGGACCAACGACGAGGAUGAAUAUGCGGCCACCCUGGGGGGAGAAUACCCAGAAGAAGGUGAACACCUAAACCGAAUUGACAACGAAAUGGACGAAGAAAUUGUGAGGAAGAAACACAUGGCCAGGAAGAAGUACUAUGAGAGCAUCCCCAAAAACUUCAAGGGCUUCUUGUGCAUGCGCCGCCCGGUCGAUAUCAUCGACAUAAGCAACUACAGCACGGACAUUCUGGAGUUCACGCGCAAGCUGGGGGGGGAGGCGGAGGAAGCGGAGAAAGCGGAGAAAGCGGUUGGAGUGGAGGGCGUGAAUGACGCGGAUGAGGCGACUGAACGGGGCAGCCCCGAGAAGGCCCCCCACAAGGGGGAGGCGGCAACGUCGAUCGAGGUGGGGAAUGAGAAGCAGGGCAGCGUGGGGAAGAUGGGAGGACCGGACAAUAUGUAUCUUCUCCCCAACGAGGAAGACCCCGAUGGGGAAUCCCCCCAUGAGGAGGACCCCCAAAGGAACCCCCGCAAAGAAGAGAUCAACGUGCUGGAGCUGCCGCCCACCCUCGACCGAGCCGAUCUGUUCCACGAGGGUAAGGACGAAUACAAAGUAUACUACGUAAAUAACGAGGAGAUAAAGAUCCCACUUUUUAAGGAGCUAAACAAAGAAGUGUUUGAAAAGCUCCCCAUCAAAUUGCAGUACCAAAUUCUGCAAGACAUAAAGGAGGAGUGGUACGUAGAUAACAGGGUAAAGGCCAUAAAGGCUAAGGACGAUAUGGAUAUCUUUUCGCAGGUGCAGUUGGAGACCUACGUGAGGAUGAUCAAGACGGAUUUUGAAAUUGAAAAACUCAAAAUUAAGAUGGCAGAAAAUAUACAGAAUGUGGAGGGGGAAGUCAUCAUUAAUAAGGAACUGUCUAAACACUUUGACAGCCUCAGCAUUAGGGAUUACAACGAUGUGAAUGGGAAAAAAAAAAAAAAAAAAAAAAAAAAAUAUAUCAAUGAGAUUUUGAACCAGUGCUAUUUCGAGGGGAAGAGCGACCAGUACCAGGAGCUGUACAUUAAGGGGGAGGAAGACGAGGAGGGGGGACUCGCGCUGAAUGCCCCGUUGGGGGAGAGGCUCUCAGCGGGGGAGGAAGGAAGCGUGCGCUGCGAUCAGCGCACCUGUAUAGAGGCCUACGGGCAGGUAGAACUGGCCAGAAGGAGGGAUGUAACUCGGCCCAAGAGGGAGCUGCCCAAAGGGGAGCGACUCGGGGGGGAUAGCGAGCCGGAUAAUGAGCCUGAAAACGAGCAAAAGGCGCUGGUCAAAAUGGAAAAGGAGUUUAAGCAGGACCUGCUGCUCGACGAUGAGCAGCUUUUCGGGGAGGACCUCCUGCGAGUGGUGGAGGAAGGGGGGCGGCAGGGGGAGGCUAACCAAGUGGAGGCAUAUCAGGGAGAGGUCGACCAAGUAAAGGACAACCAAGUAAAGGCCGACCAAGUGCAGGGGCACCCCCCCCAGGGCGUGUUUCCCCCUGGGGCGAAAAAGGCAGAAACACACGCGAGUGGGGAAUCUGCCUCAAACGUUCACAGCAGUGGAGAUGACUUCGAAAAUUGCAGCGUUGAUGAGAAGGAGCAAGGGGAAGACGCGGUGGAGGAGCCGAUCGCGCAGGACGUGAUUGACCUAACCAGCAGUGACGAACAGAGGGAGACGCCAAUCCGAAUGAAUGAUAUAGAAGAAAUUUGCGAAACAUCCAGUGAGCCACGCAUCCGUGGUGAGAAGGAACUACGUGAUGAAGUGGCGAAGAUUCUGCGGGCAGCCCCCCCAGGUGGGGAAAACACACAGGUGGAGCCCCCUCCCCUGAAUGAUAAGGCACCCAUUUUAAUAGCUAAUUCUUCUAGUGCGCACGACUCAGGGGAAGACCCUCUAGAAGGGGAAUCGUCAGCCUAUGGGGACCUCUCUUCAGAGGUGCCCCCUUCGACCUCCAUCGAGUUGGCGGCCGAAACGGAGUACUCGAGCGCGCCGCAGCCCAUCAGUGGGGAUGAGCAAAAAAUUGCCGAGGCGUUGAAAAAGGUGAAGGCAAAGGUGAGGCGGUUUAUUAGCAAAGAAGAAAUAAACAAGCUGCUUCUGAACAAGGUGGAUCUUGGCUCGGUGGGGAAGGAGAGCUACCUGGAGAAUGUGCUGAGCAAUAAGGUGCUGCUGGACGGGUUCGGCGCGGGGGAAGAGGCCCCAAAUGGGGGACCCCCCAAUGGUGAAUCGCUUAAUGGAGGACCCCCCAAUGGUGAAUCGCUUAAUGGAGGACCCCCUAAUGGUGAAUCGCUUAAUGGAGGACCCCCUAAUGGUGAAUCGCUUAAUGGAGGACCCCCUAAUGGUGAAUCGCUUAAUGGAGGCCACCUCACUGGCGAAUCGCUUGAUGGCCCCCCCCCGGACGAUCGGCCGCACCUGCGCGACAGCCGCGCGCUGGACGCCUACCUGGACCGAACGAACAGAGAAAACGAGCACCUGAUGAAGGAGUACAAAAAGUUGAAAAAAAAUAACAUAGAAAUAAACGAAGAAAUGAAUGAGGAUAUAAAAAUACUGCUGAACAUGUUUGGGAUCCCCUACGUGCAGUCCCCCUGCGAAGCGGAGGCACAGUGCUCCUACCUGAAUUGCAAAAAUUAUUGUGACGCUAUCAUCAGUGACGACUCAGAUGUGCUCGUAUUCAAUGGCAAAACGGUGAUUAAGAAUUUUUUCAAUCGAAAAAAAACGGUAGAGGUAUAUGAAAGGAAGCUCAUUGAGGAUAAGCUGGGUCUCUACCAAGACGAGCUAAUAAACCUGUCGUUGCUGUGCGGAUGUGAUUACACCAUUGGGGUUCACGGCGUAGGGAUAGUAAACGCUUUGGAAAUUAUUAAGGCCUUCCCCACAUUUGAGGAUUUGAAAAAACUAAAGGAGAUCGUAUCGAACCCGUUUAGAGACCUCAGCCAGGAUGACAAGUACUUCCACAACGAGGAAGUGAAGCGCUUUCUCCAAACGCACAAAAAUUAUAAACUAAAUUGGAUUUUCCCCAAUAAUUUCCCAGACAGGGAAGUCUACAGGUGCUUCAAAUACCCCAAGGUGUGCACAGACAUACAGAAGUUUCAGUGGCAUCUUCCAAACCUCAGUCAUAUUACCAAGUUUUUAAACAAAGCGACUAACAUUGCGGAGGAGAAAAUUUCCAAUGUGCUGAAUCCCAUUUUGCAAAAAUACGAUGUUAGGGUUAGAAGCUACCAACUGAAAAUCGACGACUUCUUUCCCAUCAUCGAGAGGAAGAGGAAGAGCGUCGACGAUUUGAUAGGCAUCAUUCGGGACAAUCAGAAGGGGAAGAGGAGGGAGAACGGCAGCGGGGGGAGGGCCAAUGCCAGCAAUACCAGGAAGAGUAGCAGUGCCUGCAAGAGUGGCAAUGCCGGAGGGAGUUCCCCCCUGGGCAGGGACAUCACCUCGCUCAUUGACCUGAACCCCGCGGGGGUCAUUCGGUCCAAGCGCAUGUCCACGGCGCUGGACCACAUAAAGGGCCGCGGCCGCUCCCGCAAAAGGGGCUCCCCGGGGGAGGCGCGCGGGUAA